UAACACUCCAUCGUCGUCUACAACCUCCAUUGUCGUCUUCAAGCUUUGAAAACAAGAUGUGGUCGGCGAUCCGAAAUGGUGCACGGAACGUGGGACGUUUUGCCUCGAAGUAUAUCCAAAAAAAGGGAGAUGCGGAGAUUAUUGACAAGGUGAUGACUGCUGCAGAAGAGGGGAAGAAAGCCUGGGAGAAGGUGAAGUUUUGGAAGGAGAGAGCUAAGGCGGUUGAGAAGCCGGCGGAAGAAGAUAUCAGUGAUCCGACUCCGGAGAGAGCUGAGGCGGUUGAGAAGCCGGCGGAAGAAGAGAGUGCUCAGACUUCGUGGUUGAGGAAGUUUGGCGACAGGUUUUUACACAGGAGCUCCUGCAUGGGCUCGGCGAGUACUCUCCCUCCUCGCCGCUGAAUCUAGGUUUGGUUUUAAGUUUCUUUAAAUUUCGGUUGUCGGAACAAUUUUGGGAUUUUACGACCGGCGGAUCUGGUCAUGUCCGGUCGUUUCCGUUUCUGACGUGUCGUUUUUGGUCUAAUGUUCGGUUGUCUUUAUGGGUCUUUGCUGCUGCUACUUAGAAUCUUAAGAUCUGGAUUGUCCUGUUUGUUUCUGAAAUUUGGGUGUUGUUUCUAAAACAAAAAUUUGGCUCGAAUUUCUGAGUUUAUU